AUGUUGUGGGGUGUACACGGCGUAGGUUAUGCUUCGAGCGUUGGAUUGACGAUGCACUGCGGUCAUAUGCGCAGUGAUCUCCAAUUUUUUACUUUUGGCUUUGGCCGCUGGGUUUGGUUUGCAUUACUUGAUGUCUCCCUUCCAGCUCGUCUCGUCCAUCUCCUCUCCCUCAUUCUCCUCCUCGCCUUCUUCCCUCCUCCUGCUCUCAUCCGUCGUCCGUAUUCGUCCGAGCCACGUCAGCAGUUGCUGAUGUGCACUGGGCGUUUACGCAUGGCAUUUGCGAUGUUGGGAAUGGUGUGGUGGAGCUACUCAAUAACAUUGUGGGGUGUACGCAGCGCCGCAGCUCAGGCCAGGCCGGGCCAGGGCCAAGCCAUUGUCGAGGGCUUUGGCCCGGCUUGUGAUUUUUGGGAGCCCAAGCCGUCUGAAGCCAGGCCGAAGCCGGGGCUUUCGAGCCAAGCCGGGCCGGAACAUCACUAG